GUUUAACUUUUAUGCAAACGUCACAUGUCAAAAUUUUAUCAUAAACACUUAAAUUCUGUAAGGUUAGGUUAGUAAAUACGAUCAUCAGCUGAUCGUAUAACCACGAACAUGGAGGAUAUAGUUUUCUGAAAAAUUUCUGUUAGACUUAUACCGGUUCCAUGGAUCUUUUCAUUUUAAUAAAAGCUCUAAAUAAAUGUUUCAAGAUAUAUGAGAAAACUCUAAUUUUAAAAUUAUAAUCACUUCAUCGUCUUCAUCAUAUAUUUUAUUCAAGAUGUCAUUAAGUACGUCUUUUGUGAAAACAACAAUUAUUGCAUUAGGUGUAAGUGUUAGUUUAACUCAACUUGUUUCAAAGUUUAUUGUGCCAGAAUGGAUAAGAAAUUACUCUAAUUGUUAUAAGGAUGCUAUAGAUAGUCUUCAUGAUCAUCAGGAAGCAGUAAAAUUACUUGGAGAACCAAUAAAAGAGAACUUCAUUAAGUUUAAUGGUUCAAAAGAUAAUGGUGCAACUAAAAAAUUUGUUUGGUAUACAGUGCCUGUAGAAGGUUCAAAAUCAAGUGGAAAAUUGCGUUAUUGGGUAACUAGAAAUACCAAAGGAGGAAUGCAUUUCACAGUUGCAAGAAUUGAACUUGCAGUUGAUGAUUUGCCUGAUAAAAUCCUGCUAAUUAAACAAAGUGAUGUACUAAAAUAGUAUGUAUUUUCUAAAUAUUUUGCAACAUUUGUUUCAAUUGUAUAUAUACAAUAUGUAUAAAAGACCUUGUUCAGUUUAUAAAAAAGUAAAACAAAUAA